AUGGUCCAGGUACGCCGCUGAGACACGCAUCAUCUCUGAGAGGACAGCACCAUGAAGACAUCGACGCUCGCCUUCCUGUUCACUCUGCUUGCUGUUGCCAGCAUGGCUUCUUCUUCAGCGGCCCCAGCGGAGGAGGAGCACCACGGCGACCGCCACGUGCACUUCACGUGUGACGCGCUGAGCGCCUUCGGCGUGGCGGACACGGCGUGCGCCGUCCACUGCAUCGCCAUGAACAGAGGCUACAAGGGCGGACACUGCGACGAGGGCGUCUGCCACUGCCGCGAGUAGGGGCCGCCGGCUGGCGAGCGUGUCUGCUUCAUCAGCGAAGUCACCAGCAGGCCAUCACAGGCCCACCAUCAAUUUCUGUUUCUUCUUCAUAUUCAACACUCCUGUAACGAACUAAUAUGAAUAAAGAAAUUGUGUGAGAGUA